AUGUACGAGGGGCGUUCAGAAAAUUUGGUCCGCGGCGGGUUCCAGCCGCGCCUUCCGACUUCGCUGCCGCCCCCAGGGCAGCAGCAGCAGCCGUCGCCGCUACCACGCCGACAGCCCGUCCCGUUGAUGCCUCCCGCGCAGCUUCAUCCGGGAGCGCCCCAGGUGGUCGCUCCGGCGCCUGCGGUCCCUCUUCAGUCGCCACCGCCUUCGGAGCUGAUGGACGUCGACCCCUCAGCCGGGCCGCCUUCCCAAGCGGUGGCUGUGCAGCCUGUCCUGCAGCCGCUUUCCUUGGGCACCCCCAAGGAGUCUGACACCGCAGCGCCUUGUCCGGCGCCCACUCAGCAGCCGUCGACGCAGCGUCAGGAGACGCUGCCUCUCUUCGUGGGUCCCGACGCCCCGUCGCGUCCAGUACCAGAAGCUGCGCCCGUGGUCACAGGCGUGCACCCUGACUUCGGUUUUCAGUCGGUGUUUCCCGAGGCCCCGCGCAGCCAAUGCUGGGGUGCGGACCGGGGACUGCCACCGACAACAGUCUCCGCCCCGGAAUGCUGCAUCCGCAGGGAGCCAGAUGAAAUGGAAGCGGCCCCGGCCCUCUGCUGA